AUGGUGUGGGAUCGAGCACUUGGCUAUCACUACAUUCCACUGCCUGGAGUUUCUUAUGCAAAUGAGGACGGUUGCGGACAAUGGGUAAGUCUGGAUUCCGAGUUGGAAAUGAGAGGUGGCGAGGUAGUAGGCACGAAAUCACCAACUGGUCAUUCACUUCUUAUCGCCUGUCGCUUCGAGCAGCCCUUUGAUCCAGAGAAUACAGCAGCAGCAGAUUUGCAAAGGAAACUCGAGAUGUUGAACAGUACAAUGGACCAAGAGACACGAGCAGAACAAGCAAGGAGACAAACACUCUACAAUAUAGGCCACUCGGGUUAUUCGGAAGAUUCAGACUACACUUCAGACUUGAAUUAUCCCGUGGGAGGACAAGGUGCCAACAGCUCAGCUUCACAGUUCAGAACAGCUGCUAAUCAACUGGCAACCCCCCAACGGUCAUUAGAGACCUCAAGAGAAAAUAGUUAUGAGAGAGAUGAUCAACAAAUCUCUGGUGGUGGAAGAUUGACGGCGGGUAAUUAUGCAAAUUAUGGAAGCAGAGGACAUAGUCCUCGUUAUGAUGAACCAUAUCCUGGUGAAAGUAUACCCCAAAGGUACAGUCAACAGAAUGCUGAAUCUUCCGAACCACUUUCUUAUAACAGUCGUCCCCGAGGUUACAAGGAAUACAGUCAAGAUGGAUGGUACAGUGAGGGGUACGAUUAUCCUAGUAGUAGAAUUGAUGACACAAGAAUAUACAGUGAUACGGAGUAUUAUCCAAGUACAACUGGCUUGAAACGAAGAGGUACAAACUUGGGGCCACAUAGAAAACCUUCGCUAGAAAGGCAAACAACUUUGUAUGAUGAGCAUCAUUAUAACUCUGAUUUUAAUAACGAUCUACGGAUAAAGAAAAUGAAUGCGGUUUAUCCAGAGUGUCAAACAGAUAUUAUUCAUAAUGAUUAUUACAAUACCGGAUAUAUGUAUCACGAUGAAAGGUAUGGACAAGAUGAUGAAGAUCGUCAGUGGGACAGUGGAGGAAAAUGGUACUUAGGAUCAAGUACAUAUUAUGAGAAUAAGAGAAAUCGUAAGACUUUACCCCAAAGACCUGCAUCAAGUAUCGGUAUUCAUCGACCUAAUUACCGGCCAACUGUUACUAGGCAACGUAGUUAUGAAUCUGAAGAGCUUGAUUACAGUGGGACAUCGCGGAGACGGAAGAAUCAACGACUGUCUCGUCAAGAAGGAACAGGAAAGAAAUUACCACCGACUCCAACAAAGCCAAGUAACGUAAUCCUAAAUCGCAAACCAGUAUCUCUUCCAGCAACGCCAGGACGUCAACUGCCACGCACACAAACUCCAACAGAGGAGAGUUAUUACAAGCAGGAUUACAAUGAAGACUAUAAUUACGCAUACCGUAGUAGUCAGGAUAAUUUACCACACGAUGGUUACCUUGACGAAAAUGUAUACGGAAGUCAAAAGGAAUCAGCUGAACCUUACAACAAUUAUUACAAAAAUCAAAAAGAGACAACAGACUCUUAUAGCAAUUAUUACAAUGGUAGCAGUCAAGAUAAUCAAUAUGUAUCAAAUUAUGCGACUCAGGAUCAAUAUUCAACUAAUUAUACAUCAAAAACAGUGGACUAUUAUACGAAUGAAAGUUAUCAAGAUGCUUAUCCAGUAGUAAGUCAAUCAGUAUAUCCAGAAAAUACGUAUUCUUAUCAAGAAAAUACAUAUCCAGAAGUGACUAAAGGAGUAGAGUAUGAAGGGUCAAAAAUAAUCGAAGACAAUUAUCAGCCCUAUGAUGAUCAAUCAUACAAGGAUGACAGCUAUCAUCAAGAAUCUUACAAGGAAGACAAUAAUACCACAGUCCAAUAUGAUAGCACAGUCAAAUAUAAUAACACAGUUCAGUAUAAUGAUUCAGUUCAGUACGAUAAUUCAGCACAGUAUGAUGAUACAGUUCAAUAUGAUAACACAGUACAGUAUAAUAACACAGUCCAAUAUGAUAACUAUGAUUACACAGCAGUUUCUACAGCUUUAGACAAUAAUUACGGUUCUAAUUACCAGGAACCUUAUGUUAAUUCUAUCCAGGAGGUUCCAGAGUUGACUGUAAGUACUCCAAAGGGUAAAACUACCACUAAUGGAUACCAAUCUGAGUCUGAAUAUUAUUAUCCAAGUGCAGAAGACGAUUUAAUAGCACCAUCUGUACGUAAAAAAGCUGAUAAAAGAGACAUAAGUCCUCUUCUUCAGCAACAUACUGACUCUCUUGAGUCUAAAGAUGAUGAACUCAAGGACUCAUUUGAUACUGCCGUCAGCUCAAUUGCUAGUAAUCAGGUUUCCAAGGCCUUUGAUCAGUAUUCUGUUGAAGAACCUAGCCCUAUCACUGCUACUAGUGUUGACUCUACUACUGAUGAUGUUAUCCAGGGGUCUAGUAUUACCACUACUGCUGUUGUUCAUUCUACCACUGUUGUUAAUGGUAAAAGACCUCUCGCCAGGUCUGAAUCUUAUGUCGAAGAGGUUGUUGAUGAUGAAGAAUAUCCUGAAAUUUUGCCACAAGAAGUUCAGAGAAAGGAUUCUCAGCUUUCGCAUCAAAGCCAAGCUAGUCAAAGAUCUAAUCAGAAACCUAAACUUAGCAGAGGUGAUUCCUAUGUUUCGGAUCACUUCGAUGAUGAAGUGCCCGGUAGAAGAGAAUCCUUUGUUCAGAGACAGGACUCUUAUGGGUCAGAAACUCAAGAUAGCUUUAAACCUUCCUUGAGUAGAGCUGAUUCUUAUCAACAGAGAGAAUUCUCACGUUCUUCUGGUGGAUAUGGGCAGAAUUUUACUGCUCCCCAACCGAUCUCCAGGGCAGAGAGCUAUCAAAGAGGAUAUUUUAAGGAUCAAGAAUCAAUUGAUGAAACUGAAAUCGUGCUCAGUAAUGCUAUCAAUGGAGAAUAUAAAAUGAGCGAUGAAACUCUUGAAAGGUAUGAGAGAGGUGAGGAAGCUUUGACUCGAGCUUCAAGAGAAAAUUCUCUUGUAGAGCCUUAUAAAACAUCACCUCCACUAUCCAGAUCUGCUAGUCCUCGAGGAAGCAUCACCAAGCAAACAUCGUUGGAUGAAAGUGUACAGAUGGACACACCACCAAGAAGUCCUCCAGAACCACCACCAGAUGAGGAACUGUUGGAGAUGGUUGGCGUUCAACCGGUACCAACUCAACUCAAGGAACGACCUGAGAUGACGGCGAAACAACGGUGGCAUUGGGCCUACAAUAAAAUCAUCAUGCAGCUAAACGUCAAGGGUGUCUGCGAGAGUUUUGUUACUAUUUUUUUCAUAUUCAACGCGUGGAAGUACAUAGAAAUACCCCAUGAAGGAACUGCCAAAGUUGACGAUCGAGUGAACUUUGGCCCAACACUGGGUUGCCCAACUUUGGCUAAACGGAGUUCAUUCAAGGUUGGAUUAAGUUAG